AUCGGGCGCCGUUGUCGCUGGGGGGCGUGUCUGCCCCGUCCUCCUCGUGGACGGCCGAGGGCCCAGUCUGCCGAUCGCGCGCUCGACCUCAGAAAAGUUUGCGCAGUCGAGGAAGGCGGACGUGAUUGCAGCCAUGGCACCCGUGCUGGGAUACUGGGACAUUCGCGGACUGGCCCAGUACAUCCGCUACCUUCUGGCUCAUGCGGGAGUGCAGUACGAAGACAAGAGGUACGGUUUUGGUCCAGGACCCGAAUGGACGAGGGACGAGUGGCUAGCCGUGAAGCCCAACCUGGGUCUGGACUUCCCUAACCUUCCAUACUACAUGGAUGGCGACGUCAAGCUCACCCAGAGCUUGGCCAUUCUCAAGUACCUGGGCCGCAAGCACGGCCUGGCUCCCAAGACCGAGGAACAGCAGCGCCGCGUUGACAUGGUCGAGAUGCAGGCCUUUGACGUCAUCAUGUACUGCGUGCGGGUCUGCUACGACCCGGAGUACACGGAGGACAAGAGGCGCCAGUUUCUCACCGAGGUGGCCCCCGACAAGCUGAAGCAGUUCGUGACGUUCCUGGCAAAGGCUGGACCUUUCGUGGCGGGCGACAAGGUCACCUACGCGGAUUUCAUCCUUUACGAGGCCCUGCAGGUUGUGCGCGCCAUGGGCCCGAGCUCCUUCAAGAACUACCCGGAGCUUGAGAAGUACUGCGCGCGGGUCGCCGCUCUACCUGGUCUGCGCGAGUACUUGGCCUCGCCGCGCUUCAAGGCCUGGCCCUUCUGGAGUCCCUUCGCCAAAGCCCUUGCAGUUCCGCAUCAGCCCCCUACCGACUGAUACAGGAAUCGGGUGACGCUGAUCAGUCAAGAGCAAAUAAACUAUUUUUCAGUUCCC